AACACCCAACAGGGUGCUGCUGACAGGUGAAGGAGUGAAUCCAGCCCAUCUCCCCUUGACCCAGCUGCUCCCUCCAGCUCCUAGGGUCCACAUCAAUUCUGAUGUGGACAUCUCCCCAUGUGGGAAGCUCUAGGGUUUGCAGGGAGGGUGAGGAAGGCAGCAGUGAGGGCUGAGCCUGAGAGAUGAAGAAGAACGUUAGGCUACCAAAAUUCCCUUUGGGAUUUGAUGUCCAGGAGACUUAAUCCCCGCCCAGUCUCCUUAUCAGUGUCCCCCAACCCAGCAACUGCUCCCUGUCUCUAGCCAACUUCCCUCCGGUCUCUCUUGAUGACUCAGCUCCCCCAUUUCUGUCCCACCAGAUGCCCGACCAUGAUCCUAGUUCUGGGACUGUUGCUGCUGCUCUCAGGGACUGGAGGGAACUUGGGGGGUGAGCGGGGGUGGGGUAAGAAAGGUGAGGAUCGGGAAGGGAAAUAAGGAAUGGAGUCCCGGGUCAUCCCCUGAAUCCUAGGAACAAUCCAAAAACGGGGAAGGGAGAGGGAGAAAUGCCCGAGUUCUCAAUGAGAACGGGGUUUCGGGAGAAAGGCUUUUGGUAGAAGGUGGAACUCUGAGUCCCACCCUCACCCUAACUUUCCGCAGUUCUUUUGGAGGGACGCCCAGGAGAUCGGGUGACUCUUUCUUGCACCGGGGUCUCCAGCGCAACUCGCUGGGCUUGGGCUCCUAGCUUCCCCGCCUGUGUAGGCUUGCUUCGGGGCCGCCGCCCUGUCUUCUGGGCCUCCUCCUCGGGAACUCCCACUCCAGCCUCCACCUCGCCCUUUGCUGGCCGCCUGCGUACAAUGGACCCCAAAGGCAUUCAACAGCUGGAGCUGCUCCUAGCGCGAGGAGAUUCCGGGACCUUCUACUGCACAGGAAUCGGAGGCCGACGGGUCUUUGAGAGCCGUACCUCGCUAAAGGUGUUUGGGGACUCGACUGCAUGCGGACCCACAGUCCCCACCUCUGGGUCCUCGUAUACUCUGCUCCUGUAUGCUAUGCUUGGCGUCGGGUUGACUUUAGGAUUGGUGGGGUUGGGGAUGGCUUGGAGACUUCGUCAGAUACCCCUUUCUAAGCCAACCGGAACCAUUCCAGUAUACGGUGAGAAUAGUCCCUCUCCCCAGUCCUCAGCUCUGCCCCCAUCACCCCCCACAAAAACUCCUCCCGUGAACACAGAAACCCAGAGUCUAUCGAAAGAAGAGCCCCGGGAAAGAGGGGAAUCGGAUGUUGAACGGAACCUUCUCUACGCGGAUCUGGACCAUAUUCCCCUCAGAAAUCCUAGAUGGUUGCGCACCACAGUCCCCAAGGAAACUGCCACCAUCUAUGCCGUCGUGGUUUGAGAAGACCUCAUCCCAACACAUCCAUUGUGCUGUGGGGGCGGGUGCUGAGGACGAGGCAAAGGGAGCUGAGCCCUGCCCCAGCCUUCUCUAGCUCCGAGCAGGACACAGGUACGAGAGUUACAUCUGGUAGUUUCUGCAGCACCUAGGGGAAAGAGCCCAAGAAAUGUUCCCUUCCUUUCGGGCUUCUGAAAAAAUGCCACUUUCUCACCUCCUGGCUGUUGGGCAAAUCUCCACUCCCACGGUGCAGCAAGAAUGGGGAAGCCCCAGGGAGGCCAGACCGCAGAAACAAGCAAUCCGCCGCGGCGUCGUCUGGGAGAGUCAGUGAGGCGUAGGGGUGAUCCGUCAGCGCUGCCAUUGCCUAGGAGGCAAAAGGAAAAAGGAUAUGGAAUUUGGUCCCUAAAUUACCAGGCUUUCCAUCCCCGACAACAGCCAAAGAACAGGUGGUCUGGGUUA